UUUCUGCUGAGCUGGAAAUGGGAUAGUUUAGUUGAUUUGACCGGGGGCCUUUCUCGCCGGUAGACUUAAGGACCGCAGUGACCUAACGGCAGCGCUGAGCGCCGCGCGUGCCUGGCCUCUGAUUGUUCUGAUGUGCACAGUUACAGCGACGCAGCUCCCAGACGCCGUCACCGCCACCAGCCCAGCCACCUCAUCAGCAACCUCCUCCGUCGUAGUGGCAACGGAUGCAAGUGCUACGGUAACCAGCUCUGUUUCUGCGGAUGCUGGCCUGGUUCCCACAGUAACCGACACCACCACCACCACCGGGGCACCUUCAGCAAUGACAACCACUCCACUGGCGGACACUUUGACAUCGCCUCCCCUAACUGUCACUGCAGCAAUGGAUGCGGUCACCCAAACGACCAGCGGUCCUCCAAGAGACAUAGACACAGUGGCUGACGCUAUUCCUGUUGCAACUGAAGUUCCUUCCCUAAUAACAGCCGGCCCUACACCAGUAACCGUUCCCCUUGGAACCAUGUCCCCUGGAAGUACAGUGUUUGCUGCAUCCACUGACCCCAUGCCCAAAGCGUCCACUGUCGGGCCUUCCUCAGCAAGCACUCUUCCUCAGACUACUGCAGCUGGUUCCCAGUCUACUGAUGCUGCAGCCGCACCAACGGAUGCUGUUUCCCCAGCAACCGUCCCCCUUCCCAUGGCGACUGAUGGUGUCCCAUUAGUAACUGAUGCUCUUCCACCACCCACUGCUGUCUCUGUACUGUCACAAGUAACCGGCAUUGCUCCCACAGCAACCGAUGCUAUUCCUGUUGAAACUACUGCUCCUUCUGCUAGUCCUCAAGAUACUGACAUGGCUCUGCCAGCAACUGAUGCUGCUCCUCAGGCAACUGAUGCUGUUGCCCCAGCAACCGAUGCUGUUCCUCAGGCAACUGAUGCUGUUGCCCCAGCAACCAAUGCUGCUCCUCAGGCAACCGAUGGUGUUCCUCAGGCAACUGAUGCUGCUGCCCCAGCAACCGAUACUGCUCUUCAGGCAACCGAUGCUGUUCCUAAGGCAACUGAUGCUGUUCCUCAGGCAACUGAUGCUGCCCCAGCAACCGAUGCUGCUCCUCAGGCAAACGAUGCUGUUCCUCAGGCAACUGAUGCUGCCCCAGCAACCAAACCUGCUCCUCAGGCAACUGAUGCUGCCGCCCCAGCAACCAAUCCUGCUCCUCAGGCAACUGAUGCUGCUGCCCCAGCAACCAAUCCUGCUCCUCAGGCAACUGAUGCUGCUGCCCCAGCAACCAAUCCUGCUCCUCAGGCAACUGAUGGUGCUGCCCCAGCAACCAAUCCUGCUCCUCAGGCAACUGAUGCUGCUCCUCCAGUCGACACACCUGCUGCACCUGAAGCCUCAGCCCCAGACGCGUCGGAGUCAGGCAGAGGGGGGGCCGAAAGCACCACGUCCAGUAAGGAAAAAAAGAAAUCAGGUACAGAGGACACAUUUCAACACUCGUCCACUUGUGGCUGUGAGAGAUACAUGUUUGUAAAUCUGCAGGACAUGAAGAUUGCAUUUAUGCUGCUCAGAAGCACACACUGCAUGCUUUACUUUUAGUAUUUUAAAUAUGCAUUGUGUAAUGUCAGAUAUAUUUGCUUCGUGCUUUAAUAAAACCAUAUCAGAAUGCUUGUUUUGAGUGUUUUUUGGAAGUAUCUUUUACUGAUCAUGUCUUUGAUGUGUAACAUUCCAGUUACUGGCAACAGUGAGAAGAGCAAUGAAAUUCCUGGCACGCCGGGAGAGAGCAGGGAAGCCAAAGAGGAAAUUUCAGAGGGCAAAAAAAAGAAAGAGAAAUUUUUUGAAAAGAAAGACUAUGAGAAAAAAGCGGUUUCCAGAAUGUUGGUUCCUGGAGGACCCAGGACACAGUUGACAAAAGUAGCGUACGUCCGAUUCCAAG